AUGCCUGCCGUUGGGGAAGUCCUCCAGAAGCUCAAUCCCUGGAGCAAAAAGCCCACCCCUCCACCCCCGCCCAUCACCACGGGUACCGCCUCCGUCCUCCUGGCCGUGUACGCCCUCAUCUAUUUCAUCCCCUUCUAUCUGUCCCCCACGACCCGGCCGUCGCCGACCCUCUCCCGGGACGCACCGUCCGUCAUCCGCGCCCGCAUCCGCUCCGUGACCCUGUCAUGUGUCAUCUGCACCGCGGCCACCUAUGUGGUGCUUGCCCGGAGCGGCGGCGCUACCCCGGCCGUGGCCCUACACCAGCUAGGCGUGUGGCCCGCCGGGGUGGUUGAUUCGCUCCGGACCCUGCUCCUCACGUCCCUCCUGUUUGCCGGCCCGCUCUUUAGCCACUUCUUUGUCGAGCGCGGCUGGCUCGAAUGGGCCCACCUGACACCCAUCAAGGAAGUCUGGGAGGAGUGGACGACCUGGCGAAACAUCGUGGCGGGCCCGAUAACUGAAGAGGUUCUCUUCCGCUCGGCCUCGGUGCCCCUGAUGCUCCUCGCGCAGGUCCCCAUCAAGGAGACCAUCUUCCUGUCGCCCGUCAUCUUUGGGCUUGCGCACGUGCACCAUUUCUACGAGUUCCGCCUGACGCACCCCCAGGUACCCGUGUCGGCCGCGCUGCUGCGCUCCGUCUUCCAGUUCGGCUACACGACCCUGUUCGGGGCCUACGCGACCUUCCUGUUUGUACGCACCGGCUCGCUGCUCGCCGUCUGCGCCGUGCACGCCUUUUGCAACUGCAUGGGUCUGCCGCAGGUAUGGGGCAGGGUUGAGCCCGAGUCGUCGUGGCCGGAUGGGAAUGGAGCUCCUGGCGAUGCCAAGGGGAGGAGACGGCACACUAUCCUCUGGUCAGUGGCGUACUACGUGCUCCUAGUCGCUGGUGCUGUCAUGUGGUGGAGGAAUCUGUGGAUCUUGAGCGAGAGCGAGAACGCGUUGGUGCCAAUGUCUGUGUUUUCAAACUCUGCUUGA